CGCUCAAUCGUCAUUCCGUUUAAAAUCUCCACUCUUUUCUUUGUCCUUUUCGAAGAAGCUUCACAUAGAUCCAUACACUGUUUCAUACGACAAAGACACCCUGAUUUUACCCCGGCACGAUUCUUACCAACACGCCUAGUAUUUAAAGAUUCGGUCUCCCGAGGAUUCCAGGACUCGAUCGUCGAGCCUGAGGCGAUUUCCCGAUCUGGGUUUCCAUCAAUUCUCGAUUUUGAAACCCUUGCUCGGAUCUAGGUAUCAUCCAACAAACCCUUGAAAUUCCGUUUCCUUUCUCUUUUGGGGGAGAUGAGGAAGAGGGAGAGAGAGAACCCUUGUUCGGUCUGCGGGCAUUAUCACAAGUACGAGGAAGGCGAGGUCUGCGGAAUCUGCGGCCACCGUAUGCCGGCGAGUUCCGACAAACCGGGGGCUUUCCACGUCAGCGCUUUCCCGUCGGAGAUCUUGCCCGAGUUCCUCUAUCUCGGGAGCUACGACAACGCCUCCCGCUCUGAACUUCUCAAGACUCAGGGGAUUUCCCACAUUCUCAACACGGUGCCUUUAUGUCAAAACCUCUACAAGAAUUCAUUCACCUACCACGGCCUUCAGGAUGAGAAAGUUUUACAAUUUGAUGAUGCUGUCCAGUUUUUAGAUCAAUGUGAGAAGGAUAAGGCCCGUGUUCUCGUGCACUGCAUGUCGGGGAAAAGUAGAUCACCAGCAAUAGUGAUAGGGUACUUGAUGAAACGCAAAGGGUGGAGACUUGAUCAGAGUUAUCAGUGGGUGAAAGAACGAAGGCCAUCUACGGACAUAAGUCCAGAAUUCUAUCAGCAGCUGCAAGAGUACGAGCACAGGUUAUUCGGAUCAAACGAUGGUAUAUUUCCACCAGUAAACGUCUUUCCCCACGCUGAUGCUCCAUCCUUCGGGUUUGGCUUCCCCAAGGUCAAUGACCAACCUCAAGCCUUACUGUUUAACAACGCUCCUGCGGCAUCCAUAUUCUCGAGCCCACCUUCUGGUGCUCCUCGAGAAUUCACUUUUGGUGCGGUUCAAGCAACAAGCCAUUUCUCGGGGAACCCACCAAACCAAACUGGGAAUGAUAUUCCCAUGGAUAGCUCCUAACUUGUUCAGAAACAUCUGCAGAGCUUUUACAUAUUGUUGCAAGAAUGCUUCUGUAUAUGAUGGUGCAUGCUCAAGAGUUUCACUUUGAGAGAUUGCAUCUGUGUUUUCUUUUUCUUUGUAUUGCAGUUCUUCUAAGUUACAGGUCUCUGUCAGAGGAACACAUAUGUUGAAUCAGUUCCACAAUACCAUAGUUCUCCUUA